AUGUCUGCUCCCUCAAGUUCGGAUCCGCGCUCCCACCGUCUCCCACUUGACACGGCGUCUCCCCAUCGCGUCGCCCAGACGACCUCCACCACCAUCGCACGCGAAGUUCCAGCCCAAGACUCCAAACGACACGCUGAACGUCCUGUCAAUCACGCAAACCAGCCUCACUUGCACGUAUCUCAUUAUGCAAAUGACUCUGCACUAGAGGUUAGAGGCCAGGAAAACGUGUCGCGUCCGAACUCGGCCAACUCGUCCCUGGACCCUUAUUAUUUUGGCGAACGUUCCCCCAGCGACUCACCCGCACCUCCCCUUCCUGACCCACGCAGCCUAUUGAACAUUACGCCAGAUAAUUACGUGCCCAGCCUUCCAAUGACGCCUGCUCAAGAUCCUGCAUCGAUCGACAGGAAGGGCCUUGUGGGCGUAGGCGACCUCACCACGCCUCGAUGGACAAAGGUGCUCGGCCACGGCAAUGAUGAACCAUACCCUCCAUUACCCUCCGCAGGACGUGUUGAGGAACAGCUCAAAGUCGAUGAUGGUGCAGAAGUUGACAACGGUAGAGAGAGAGAUAGCCCAGAUAGUCCUUGGACUAUUGAAGCCAUUGACGGAGAGUCGGAUGAAAAGGAAGAGGACAAAGUUCCGCCUGCUCGAAUGGUCAGGAGUAAACGUUCCGCAGGCGACGAAAGUGGAGGCGAAGAGAUCCUUUAUCCUCGCAAGCCAGUUGUUUCCCCGCCGGCUGUUGACUACCUUGCCAAAGACGGGGAGCUUGCUGCUUUCUUGCCACCUCCGCCGCCGGAAACGCCUCCUCCCGAGACUCCGGCAGCGCCUCCAAGUGCCUUUACUCCUCUACGCAAGGCCAAGAAGCGAACGUCCGAUGAGUUUGAGCUCGAUCAGUCUGGCUCUCUAGUCGCAAAACAUCAUGAGAGACAGUCGUCGGGAAAAGAAGAGAAGGCGUCGGGUCUGCACAAGCAUAGGAGUUUAAACUCUAGCGUUUCAAGUUCAGGCGCUUCUCGGGACAAGGAGAGGGCAAAAGAUAGGAAGAGGGAUAGUUUUGCCAUGGCUGGCACGGGCAAGGGUUCUUCCGGCCCAGGUUACCUCAGUGGCAGCUCUAGUUCUGGGAAAGAGCGGCAUGCACACGGUCGACAGCUCUCUGCGGGUUCAUCAUCCACAAACACAACUGAAGUGGUUUCGUCCCGCCGUGUCCACACUACUGAUUUCUCGCAUCUCCCACCAUCCCCGUCAAAUACAUCAAUGAAGACUUUCCUUCGCCAAGCUUCUACGUCUUCAACCCAUGCACCAUCUCUCCGACCCUCUUCAUCAUCAAAGGACUCGUUACAUUCAAAUCAUACCCAGCAAGUUGCUCAUUCUUUGCUUCGCGGGACCCAGGAGGGAUGGUCAACAAUGAAUGAUGAUGCCACCGCGGAGGCCUUGUGGAAGUUGGAUGGUCUCUCUGGCAAGACCGCUCGCCCUCGUGCUAGUGUGGGCAGCUUUGGCCGUCCAUCCAGCCUCAGCCGCCCUGGUACUCCUGUCAGCGUAACCAGUAAGUCUGGGCAAUGGGAAGGCGUGGCGAGCGAAGCAACGGGAAAGAUAAGUCGUAGGAGCAGCAUGAAAGACAAGGAGUCAAAGGAUCAUGUUCAACGUCAUCACGCUAUAUCGUCGGUGACGGACGUGUCCCAGGAAGGCGUCGCUGCUGCAAUUAGCAGUGACGAUCAAGCCUUCACCUCAUCGGGCGCUGAGAAGAUAACAAAGAAGCAUGGUUCAUCCGCUACUCGCCUCAGUUUUACUCCAAAGCGAGGUUCGGCUUCGUCCACGAACUAUACGGGCACCCCGACAAGCUCUCAUGAUUCGGUCUCAUUGUCGGCUGCUACUAGUGCAACAUCCAUCUCAACACCUCCCGGAUCCGGACGGCAUUCCAGCGGUGCGGAUACGACACGGGAUAGGCCAUCUUCUUUUGCCGGCGCUGCAGGGGAGAUCAUGGACGAGAACGUUGUUCCUCCCGUCCCCCCUUUGCCCAAGGACCUAUCAGCCUAUCGGUCCCCAACACAUUCCUCUCAUGGCGUUGCAUUUCCUCCAGCUACUUCGGAAGAAGCGAUCCCGCAAGUGUUUAACCUGUCUGACGCACCCUCCGCUACGUCGAAGCCGAGUGGGUCAAGCAAACGCGGCAGUGUUUAUGCAUCCCAUUCUGACAGUGCGACGCAUGUGACCAAAACUCCUUCCAAAAAGUGGAGUUUUUCGAAUGCACUAAACAUCAAGCUUACCACCUCACCGUCUAUGUCAUCAAUGAAGGAGAAAGAGGCCAAAUCUCCGACGUUCCCACUGAGUCCUCGAUCAACCAUUGGACAACAGCUACGGAAGGCGGCUUCCAAGGAGCAAGCUUUGUCCCCGCCCGCUUCUUCCAAAGAUCCCUGGUCGCCGACCCGUCAACGUGCAGCCAUGGAAUCCGACGCUUCUCUGGCAUCCAUGUCAUCAAUAGGCUCAGCGCGAACGCCGAAGUCCCCUGCCGUUUUAUCCACAGGCAAAACGCCUGAUCGGUUACCCAGUCGGAGUGGAACAGGUUCUAGCGCGAGCAACGACACAAAUGCUGCGCUUUCGGCGCCGCGGAAUGGUCCGCUUAGUCCGAAUUCUUCGGUACGUCGUCAUCAAAGCAAACGAUUGACGCCGUCAUCCAUACCAUUUUUCCAUCGGUCUUCUUCGCAGAGCAUGCAAAUGCCCCCGAAUGCAUCUGGAACAUCAACUUCGCCAAGUCAGUCCUCGGUGCCUAGCCUUCCUUCUCCUCGCACCCGCACGAAACACGGCGGUUCACCUAUCAAGGAGACAGGUAGCCGCGCUGCACCUCCAGUCGCUCCCGGCUCAGCUCAGAAGAAGAUGGGGCUUAGUUUAGGCUUCCCGUCUUUGCUCAAGGGCUCGAGCUCCCGCAGGAGCUUGCACGGAGACAAGAGCGAUUCCGCGAAGGAGGGCAAGGAAAGCCGCGCAAAGGACUCUGACCGAGAGAAGGAAAAGUCGAAGCAUGAAAGGGAUAGGAGCGAGAGCAGGAUCUCUGCGCUGAUUGGUCGUAGACGGGGCAAGACGUUGUCGUCCACGGACUCAAAGAAGCCCAGCACUGUGGUAAAUUUACCACCGAUGCACAUGAACGCAUUGCCUGCCACCACUGCACAAAAGGUUGCGAGCUUGAGAUCUAACGCUUCAGCCUCCAGUUCCUCGACCAUCACUCGGGCGACCUCUUCACGCGUCACUUUACAGACCGCCAGCUCUAUGCAGAAGCAAUCUGACACCUCGCUACGGAGUCGUAACCAGCUUCCAACCAUUGCAGGGUCGCCGUCUGUGUCAACUGUUGGCAGUUCAGCUACGAAGAAAGAGGACAGGGAAUUCAAGGAGCCGAGCCUCCCUGCAUCAGCUAUGUACAAUGCUGCGAGUAACUUGGUCAAGGAAACACCGACCAAGAUUCCGCGGAUCUCUAGCCGGACGUCCGCAGCAGGUUCUCCCACCCACGGUGGUUCGACAGUUGUUAGCAGGCGCAUCAGCCUCAGCGUGACCGCUCCAUCGACUGAUCCCUCGCCUACUGUUGUUGAUUCUACGGACGAAUUUGGUGUUUUGGAGCCCGCUGAUACUGGAUCGCUUGCUAAGGGGAGCACGUCGCACCGACAAUCUGUGCGCGUCUCGCCCUCUACAACGGUCACAGCUGCACCCUCUACUCGUACGCCUCGGCAAUCCAUUGGUCCGUCAUCAGCUACAGCUCUUCGGAAGCCCAAUCGUGAAUCUGUGUCGUUUACUGGGCUUCGGAAAGCAUCCGCAGGGUCUGUUACAUCUUCUGCUCCUUCAUCUGCACCAAACACUGCGCCUGCGGAGGCCCAUUCACAUCGGUUCUCAGCACUGUCUCCAUCGAAGAGUCUUAAGUUGCUUAGCCCUAAGAUCUCUCUCCCUACUUCUCGUUCAUCGAACCAUAACUCUUCCACGUCAAGCGUGCAUCGAGCCAUGGCUGGGACACCAUCGUCCAGUCGGCAAUCUCUGUCCACGCCAUCGCCGGUGCCAAGCUCUGUUGACGAAGAGGAGUUGGCUGGUGAUGAAGAGAUGAUUCAGUACAUCAGACGACAGCAGGCGAAGAAGAUGGCAAAUGGCGCCACUCAAGCUGAACUUGACGAGCUACUCAAGUUCCCCGAGCCCAUUCCUCCUAAAGAGGGAUGGACACCUGAUGCUCUGCUAAAGAGCAGUGACGCCAAGCACCUCUCCGCUUACGAAAGGGAGGAGGUAUUGAACUACGACUACGUCUACUAUAUUGGUGCUGGUAGUGGAAAGAAACAAGCUUCUCCGGAUCACCCGACCAACAACUAUGGCUAUGAUGACGACCGUGGCGACUACCAGAUUAUCAACGGUGAUCAUUUGGCUUAUAGAUAUGAGGUCGUUGAUAUCCUUGGUAAAGGAUCUUUCGGACAAGUACUCAAUUGCAGGGAUCAUCGCACUGGACAGUCUGUUGCCAUCAAGAUUAUUAGGAAUAAGAAGCGCUUCCAUCAUCAAGCCCUCGUCGAAAUCAAGAUUUUGGACAACUUGAGGAAAUGGGAUCACGAGGAGAAGCACUACGUCAUCAAGAUGACCGAACAUUUUUAUUUCCGGAAUCACCUGUGCAUUGCUAUGGAACUACUCAGUAUCAAUCUUUACGAGUUGAUUAAGGCCAACGGUUUCGCGGGCUUCACGACUGUCCUCAUUCGACGCUUUACUAGCCAGAUUGUGAUGUCUCUCUGCCUGAUGAGACACCAUCGGAUUGUCCAUUGUGACCUGAAGCCCGAGAAUGUACUCCUUCGGCAUCCAGCGAAAAGCGGCAUCAAGGUCAUUGACUUUGGGAGCAGUUGCUUUGCGAACGAAAAGAUUUAUACAUACAUUCAAAGUCGUUUCUACCGUUCACCUGAGGUCAUCCUGGGCAUGGACUACUCGAUGGCGAUCGACGUGUGGAGUUUGGGCUGCAUCUUAGCUGAGCUUUACACCGGUUUCCCGAUAUUCCCUGGCGAGAAUGAGCAGGAGCAGCUCUCCUGCAUCAUGGAGGUUCUUGGGACCCCAGACAAGGACUUCAUCAAUCGCAGUUCACGAAAGCGCAUAUUCUUUGACAAGAACGGUUCGCCAAUUCCUGUGGUUAACUCCAAAGGUCGUCGGCGAAGACCAGGUUCUAAGAGUCUGACGCAAGUCCUACGCUGCCAAGAUGACGAUUUCGUCGACUUCGUAGCACGCUGCCUAAUUUGGGAUCCAGAGAGGCGUAUGAAACCUCAAGCAGCACUUCAGCACCCCUUCCUCCGUGGUGGACGCAAGUCCAAGAUAGCUCCCUCCCCCGCCCCUUCAAAGACAUUAUUAUCGAAGUCGAAAGUCCCUGAGACGCCAAAGAAGUCGCUGAUCAGUGCACCGACACCGCUGACAGCGCGGAGCUCGCGCACUGCAACUUCAGGUGGAGGUGUUCCAGCCACUCCAGUACAUGCAACGACAGGAUUGUCUUCUCGGUCUUAUCGCUCGUCGCAGGUCCAUGGCAUUUCUUCCCAGUACUCCAGUCGGACUCUUGGCGGAUAUUCGGAUAGUCGUCGGGUACCACUAGAUGAUCCCACCCACAUUUGCUCUCACACAUCUCGUCUGGAAAUUCAGUAA